GAGGCGAAAGCCUCCUGUCUCUCGCGGCUCCUUAGUGCAAGAGCCAGGGCACGCGUGCCACUUGUUAAUGGGGGGGGCAAGUCCAAGUUUGAGUUGAUCGACCAGCUCAAGUGGGCCGCGGGUUCGCUUCCUGUUGGUACGGUGCCAGUUUCUACCACUCUGUCUCUGAUGUCCUGCAACGCCACUGCCUGGAGCACGACGCAGGGUUUCCUGGAGUGGGUUGUCUUGGACCAGCGGGAUCUGCCCGAUAUGGUCUCUGGCCGUGAGCGCAGGCUGCGCGGCGGCGACCGGCUUUGUUCAGCUUAG